CCUUUUAUCCGAUGCAGUCUGCAGUGCAGAGACCUGGUAGAUGAAGCCAAGAAAUUUCACCUCAGGCCUGAGCUCCGGAGCCAGAUGCAAGGACCCAGGACAAGAGCACGUCUAGGAGCCAAUGAAGUCCUGCUUGUCAUCGGCGGCUUUGGCAGCCAGCAGUCACCUAUUGAUGUCGUGGAGAAAUACGACCCGAAGACCCAGGAGUGGAGUUUCUUGCCAAGCAUCACCCGCAAGAGGCGCUACGUGGCCACCGUGUCCCUGCACGACCGCAUCUACGUCAUCGGGGGCUACGACGGCCGCUCGCGCCUCAGCUCCGUGGAGUGCCUGGACUACACAGCAGAUGAGGAUGGCAUCUGGUACUCCGUGGCUCCCAUGAACGUGCGCCGAGGCCUGGCAGGAGCCACGACCCUUGGAGACAUGAUCUAUGUCUCUGGAGGCUUCGACGGGAGCCGGCGUCACACCAGCAUGGAGCGGUACGACCCCAACAUCGACCAGUGGAGCAUGCUGGGGGACAUGCAGACAGCACGGGAGGGAGCAGGGCUCGUGGUGGCCAACGGAGUCAUCUACUGCCUGGGUGGCUAUGAUGGGCUGAACAUUCUGAAUUCUGUAGAGAGGUAUGAUCCACACACUGGACACUGGACAAACGUCACCCCAAUGGCCACGAAGCGCUCAG